AUGAAUAUAAAGAAGAUUAAAUUACAUUAUUAGUAUAAAUUUAAAGUUUAGAAAUUUCUACCCAAAAAUUAAUUUAAUAAAAAUGAUAUUACUUUAAUCAAAAAUAGUGACAUUUAUUAAAUGUGCAGCACUAAUUUAAAUCAUUUAUUUUAUAUUAUUUAUAAUUAAGCCAUUGAUGAAUAUGCAGAUCUGAUUGUUAAGGUUAAAGAAUUUAAUGAUAUUCAAGAAAAAGCGAAAUAAUAAUAAUUAUUAAAAUCAGAAAAUUUUUAGUAAUUGAUAUUAAAGACAUUUUUAUUUUAAAUAUCACUUAUUAAGUUCAUUUCAGAAACUCUUAAUUAUUCCAUUUAAUAUAAAUAAUAAGAAAUUUUAUUAUUGUUAUUAGUUAUCAAUUGA